AGUCGAGUAUCGGAGGUGGGUCGAUAAGGUUAGAGGCGUCGCAGGACUUCACUCCGCUGAGCAAGGCUGUGGCACCCUUUCACGCUAUCUGAGCCUCGUAUCUACCUAGGUAUUUACAUCUCGAUGUCUUCUCGUAAUGACAUUCACUUGUACAACACGUUCUAGUGGUUUCUCAUCAUGGCGACAAGGCGGGAGAGGCUCGCGUUCAUCACGUUCGGCAUGUUCAUAAUCGAUGAGAUCGAGUAUCUCAAUGGUAAGGCGUCUGAACAGAAAAUCAUUGGUGGAGCUGGCACUUACGCCGCUCUUGGUGCUCGUCUCGCAGCGGGCGCAGCAAACGCCCUAUUCGUGUCAUGGAUCGUUGAUAUGGGUUCGGACUUCCCGCCAGAGUUCAAGGCCAUGAUUGACGUGUGGCGGACGAGCUGCAUUUUUCGGCUGGAUACGAGUAGGUUGACUACAACGGCAUGGAAUGGCUAUGGUCCAAAUGAAUAUCGAGCAUUCAAAUACCUAACGCCAAAGCUGCGCCUUGACGAAUACUCACUAUCCGACGAGCAAGCUCUGGCUCGAUCAUUCCAUAUGGUAUGCUCACCUAAACGCUGUAUAUCCUUGGUGGAAGGAGUCAUGGCUCGGCGGAGUCAAGUGGCGCCCAAUGAACCUCGUCCGGUGUUUGUGUGGGAACCUGUGCCUGAGCUGUGCACGCCAGAGGAGUUCGACAAGCUUCAGGAAGCGGCUAGGAUAGUUGACAUCGUCAGUCCAAAUGCCGACGAGUUUGCCUCAUUCUUCGCAGCAGACUCGGGGCGCAGUCCUCGACAGGCCAUGGUGGAAAAGUUUCUAGCGUUACGAGACACGACACCGCUGGAUGUGGCCCUGGUGGUACGAGAAGGUGCUCAGGGCUGCACUAUGUAUCAGAGAGCACAAUCGCUACAUUUGCACGCGUUUCAUCAGAGUGCGGAACGGGUUAUAGAUCCCACGGGCGGGGGCAACACAUUUUUGGGCGCUUUGGCGAUUGCGAUGACAGGCACAGCCUCUCCAUCUGAAAACACUGUUACACGGGUGCUUUCUUCCUCGUCUCGACCUGUGGACGACAGGCUCCUUCUCGCAGUAUUACAUGCCACGGUAGCUGCUAGUUAUGCCAUCGAACAAACCGGUCUACCUUUAUUGGCAGGUACGUCGGCAGACGAUGCUUGGAACGGCGAACCGUACCAGAAGCGCUUCAUGUCAUUUCUGGAAAAGGAAAAGGCACAUAUAAUUGGACAGCUGCCGGGAACGGACACAGCAGACAACUGACCUGCACAACAUUUAGAACGCUCUCUUAGACAUCAGGUCCUGACGAGUGCCCAUGAAGAGCGGAAAAUGCGUAAUAUUUCGAAAUGUUCAUUUUCGUGAUCUGGGUGACGGUCGAACUUCAAUAUGUACAGGGUAAUGCCUCAUCUCCUAGGCGCAGCUGAGUUGGAUCGCAUAAUAACUCCUCUUUCUGUAACGCCUUGA